AUGUCUUCAUCGCACGCUGUAACACAACUGGAAGUUGAUUCCUACUUGUUUCCGGCGGAGGUGAAGCCACCCAGCUCCACCAAAAACUUAUUCCUCGGCGGCGCAGGGGCAAGGGGUUUGGAGAUUGAUGGCAAGUUCAUCAAGUUCACGGCGAUCGGAGUGUAUUUGGAACAUAACGCCGUUUCUUCACUCGCCGUUAACUGGAAGGGGAAGACAGCAGAGGAGUUGACUGAUUCUGUCGAGUUCUUCAACGACAUCGUUACAGGUCCUUUUGAAAAAUUCAUACAAGUGACAACGAUCUUGCCAUUAACGGGUCAGCAAUACUCAGAGAAGGUGGCCGAAAACUGUGUUGCUCAUUGGAAAGCAAUUGGAACCUACACAGAUGCAGAGUCUAAAGCAAUAGAAAAGUUCCUCGAGGUCUUCAAGAACGAAAACUUCCCACCCGGCUCCUCCAUUCUUUUCACUCAAUCGCCGCUUGGUUCAUUGACGAUCAGUUUCUCGAAAGGCGAUUCUUUACCUGAAUCCUGGAAUGCAGUUAUAGAGAACAAACAAUUAUCAGAAGCAGUGCUUCAGUCGAUUAUUGGCAAGCACGGUGUUUCCCCUGAAGCAAAGCAGAAUCUGGCUGCCAGACUAUCAGAAUUGUUUGAACAGUGGGAAUCUUCUAGCACUCGGGAACUUGAUCCAGAGAAGGUUGAGGGGGCAGCCAACUGCGACCUCAAAAUGCUAGCAGCGAAGUAG